GUCUACGGGAACUGGCAAUCUCAUCUUGCGUCAAUGCCACCGCCUUCUGUCAUAUCGUUUUUCGCUCUCAUUAGAAUUUUUCGGCGUUUGGUGUUGUGAAUGUUGUUCGACGUGUUCAAAAUGUAAAUAAGUGAACAAGAAGGAGUAAAAUAAAAAAUAUUUCAUAUGCAGUGUGUCACUUUAAUUCAACAUGCCCCCUGUCAAUUCUAAAGCAAAAAAGAAUGGCGCUGAAUAUGAGAAUAUAGUUGGUAAUAAAACCACAGUGUUAGAUUUUGAACAAUACAUUCAGGAGAAUAAAACCUUAUUGCUCAAUGAUCCUCUCAGGGAUAUACUCUUAUAUCCUAGUGAUGAUGUUUCUAGUGUAGUUCUGCCAAGACGAUGGAGAACGGUAACAACAGCUGUGCCGGAUGUGAGGACAGCAGCAACAUGUCCUCUACUGACACGGCAGGCACUCCUCAGCUAUGCCUCAAGUUGGAACCUCAUACACUAUAAAUACAACAGCUACUCAGGAACAUGUCUCAACUUGCCAAGACUCGUAGACAAUAAAUUGACCGAGGAAGUGUAUGAUAUAGAUGCAGAAAAUGAAAGUGAUAAUGAAGCUCAAGCAGCCAAAGUGGAUAUUGGAACCAAAGAAGGGUAUCUACUUAAAGGACCCGAAAUUGGCUCAGACAGAAUAUUUAGUAAUCUUGCCUCGAAAUCGUUCAAGAAACGGUAUUGCUCAAUGGUCAGAGAAGCGGACGGAGCUUACAUACUCGAAGUAUACAAAGAUGAUAAGAAAACUGACACCAAACUUACCAUCGUUAUGGACUUUUGUUCCGAUGUUGUUAGAAACACGAAACGUGGACGAUAUUGUUUCGAAUUACGUAUGGCCGCAAAUAAAGGUUACACUUUUGCAACGGAAAAUGAAGAGGAAAUGAACGAAUGGAUAAACGCUUUCAAGGCUGCGUUAAAAAAGAAUAGUCAGGAAAGUCAAACAGAAGAAAUAUUAGACAAAGAUGCGGAUAUAUCUCUAACUGCGGAACCUCCUCCUCCUACUUACGGAACCCUGAAGGGGCUGGAACAAAGUAUGAACCCGCUCCUGAUGAGGUACUCGAGGGAAACUGACAUGUCUAUAGCGGCGGCGAGGAACGAAUGUCGAUCAAACAUCUUCUAUCUACCUUUUAAACGGACACCAUCUCCUGAACCACAAUUAGAACCAUUUAAAGAACACUUUGGUCAAAGAAUUUUGCUUAAAUGUGAGAGUUUAAAGUUUCGCCUCCAAGCUCCGAUAGAUGGUGACAAGGAGCUACUGUGCCAAGUGGAGCCAUACUACACGCACCUCGCGCUGUACGACGCGAGGAGCGGCUGCAAGCUCACCGAAGACUUCCACUUCGACCUCAACCACCCAGCUGUGGCUGAUCUACUCAAAGAUACCGAGUGCACCAAGUCACUAGUCGAGAACUUCAGUUAUGACGUCAAGUUAGAUGUCAGACAAAUACCUGAAGACUGGUUCAAGUCGAAGAAACAGGUGGUUUUAUCAGUGAAUAAUCCUCAUCCAGAAUUGUUCCUGGUUGUGAAAAUAGACAAAAUCCUUCAAGGCCAUGUGAGCCAAGUUCUAGAGCCGUACCUGAAGGCGACCAAAGACCCUCGACUUGGUCUUAAAGUUCAUAAGACCGUACAAGCGUAUGCAAAUCGCGUUGGAAACUAUAGAAUGCCUUUUGCUUGGGCUGCUAAACCUUUAUUCAGACUCUACAGUAAUGAUUUGGAUACGACGCCAGAAUUUCCCGCCAUAUAUCGACAGGAACCUAAUAAAAUGUCAGAUGAAGAUUUACUUAAAAUCCUAUCGGAUUAUAGAAAGCCUGAGAAAUUGUCUAAACUGACAGUGGUACCCGGCUGGCUAAGUAUCACUAUACAACAUAGCAAUGAACCUAUACCAAAUUGUAUGACAAGUUCAUACGCAGCAUUGAAACCUUUCCCAUUACCGCCUGCAUUGCCGCUCACGUUAGAACUAGCGACGCUGAACUUGGAACCGGAGCAGCCGUAUGCAGCGUACAUACAUCAUUUAUACGUACGACCAUUGUAUCUCAUAUUCGAGUCACAGAAAGUGUUCGCACGUGCGAGGAAUAUUGCUUGUUCCAUUGAAAUCAGAGAUAAUGAUACGGGAGAUAAUAAACCUUUGCAGGUGAUCUACGGUCGUACGGGAAUGAUAUCACAAUAUCGCUGCUCCGUACUCCACCACAACGCGAACCCGAGCUGGUGUGAUGAAGCCAAGAUACGGCUGCCCGCCACCAUCACCAACAAGCAUCAUCUUCUUUUUACAUUCCAUCAUAUUUCUUGUGAUCUUACAAAGAAAAAUGAUACUAAUGUUGAAACAUGUAUCGGGUAUGCUUGGGUACCUUUGAUAAAGAAUGACAAAUUAAUUGAAGAGAUAAUAAAUCUACCAAUAGCGACACAUCUGCCGUCUGGUUAUCUCUCUAUCCAGCCUCUUGGACUUGGAAAAGGGAACACAGGACCCGAAGUUGUGUGGGUUGAAGGUGAGAAACAACUGUUUAGGUGCCAACUGGUGCUGGACUCUACAGUGGUGACGAGAGACAUGCACCUUCACAACUUGUUCACACAUGCAGAGAGGUUGAUAAAGAGCAACUCUCCCCCCACCUCCCCCUCACCACCCCCCUGGAAUGACGUCACCAACGCACUCAAAUCUGCGCACGCUAUCAAACUUAGCUCUCUCAUUGCAUUCUUACCAACAAUCUUCAAUCAACUGUUCGAACUCAUGACAGUGGAAAAAGGCUACUCCCAUGAUAUGGGCUAUCAGAUUGUGAAAUUAAUUGUUCAAUUCGUCCACAUGAUUCAUGACUAUGGAAGGAAAGACUUACUUGACAGCUAUGUGAAGUAUGUGUUUAACUGUGUUGAAUUUAAAUUGCACACAGUGUUAACUGCGCCUCUUCACAUGUUUAUAGAUCCAAAUCAACAAGAUUUUUUGCUUGGUCAAAAAUUUAUGCAGUAUUCAAACUUUUUCUUUGAUAUUAUUAUAAAGAGCAUGGCGCAAUAUCUUAUAAAUACUGGAAGAAUAAAGAUGUCACGUCAUGAAAGAUUCCACGCGGAUUUGUUAGAAAAUAUUGACAAACUGGUAACAGUUGUUGAACCUUCAUAUAUUUUACAACAACCGAUACAAACCCAUAUAUUUAACAAAAAUCUCGCUUUAUUUCUAAAGUCUUGUCUUUCGUUCAUGGAUCGUGGUUUUGUUUUCCGGCAAAUAAAGAAAUAUCUAGACAAAUUUAAAUCAUGCGAUCCAAAGGCGUUGUUCGAUUUUAAAUUUACAUUCUUACAAACGAUUUGUUCGCACGAACAUUUUGUACCAUUUAAUUUGCCGCUGCAAGCUAACAAACUAUUCAAAGAUAGUGACGAAGAUCCAGCUAAAUUGAAGCUCACUGAUGAGUUUAUUAUGAGGCAUUUCCUUGCUGGGAUCCUUUUAAAGCAGAUAGAGCAGUCGUUGCGCGAGGCUCCACAGAAGCGGCGCAGUGCGCUGGGCGUGCUGCGCGCGCUGCUCACCAAGCACGAGCACGACGACCGCUACCGCACCCGACAGGCGCGCGCCCGCCUCGCGCAGCUCUACGCACCCUGGCUCACUAUAGUACUCGAUAAUGCUCAUCGAUUGGUGACAAAAUCACUGGCUAGUCCGGUAAUAGAGAAUGGUGAUGAUAAAGUUGAUGGGGACGCUACCGCUACCUCGAUAUUAAAUAGCACGCAGAAAGAUGUCACCUCAGCCAACAGUACGCCGAGAAGAAACAGAUUGACGUUGCAUUUUGAUCACACACCUAUUAGAAAUUCAACACAUUUCAAGGAACCACCAAAUAUGCAGCCAAGUAAUAUGUACGGAAAAGAUAACACAAAUAACAUAUCGCAAAGUUCUCUCGAGUCUGUAUCAACAAUGUCCGGCGGAGAUUCCUUACCAAGGAAUACGAAACUGGAUUUCACCGAUAUUGGUGAUCAAGUUAACCGAUUCGGAGUGAUGUCCCCUGAAGAGGUGCGCGAUGUUCUCUUGUGUUUUCUAUUUGUUCUCAAAUAUUUGGACGAAGAUAGACUCAUAGAGUGGUGGAGGACUCACACACAAGCGCAGCAGCAAUCUUUCUUUAAUGUUUUAGAAAUAUGCGCUGAACAAUUUCAAUAUGUUGGUAAGAAGAAAAUUUUAUCAGAAUUAAAAAUACCGACCCCUGAUUGUAAUGGAAAACCGAAACCAAUGAAAGCUAGAACUUUGCCGGCAAGAAUGAGUCCUCCUGAUUUCUCUAAAGAACCUCCUAUUAUAGUUGAGAAGAAUAACACAGUUAAUAGAGAGAAUCUCGUCACCACCACUGUAACCACAGAAUUGGAAGCGAUGUCAGAGCACGCGGUGUUGACGGCAGGUAGUUUGGCUACAGAGGUGGGUCUGGUGAUCAUUGACCGCGCCUGUCUCUUCAUGAAGCAGGUUGGGGUGGCGGAGGGCGCGGCCGCAAAGCCCUAUCUGAAGCUACUGCAGUUGCCACAAAGUGAAACUCUGUACAAACAUCUCUUUGCCGCAUUGAGAGCUUAUAUUAAUCAGUUCUCUGAGACACUGUUUGAAGGUGGCAGCACAUUAUGCGCGGGUGUGGUGAGCAGUGUGGUGCGACUGUGCGGCGCACGCGCAGCCUGGUUGCGGCGCGAGGCUGCUGCCACCCUCUACCUGCUCAUGCGCGCCAACUUCCAGCACGGGGCAGGUGGAAACCUCACCAGGGUACAUCUGCAGGUGAUAAUAGCCGUGUCAAAAUUACUGGACACAACGACUGCGCUCAAUUGCAAGCGAUUCCAGGAAUCUCUUUCCGUCAUCAAUUGCUUUGCGACUGGUGAUAAAGCUAUGAAAGGCACUGGAUUGUCAAGUGAAGUGGCUGAACUGAUGCGGCGCGUACGCACAGUAGUGGGCGCUCGUGUGCGCCUGGCGGGUGUUGGAGGUGCAGCUGGCUCAGGUGGUGGCAGCGUGCAGCUGGCGGAGCUGCAGCAUGCGCUGGCGGCGUCCUGUCGCGCCACACCACGACUGAGACAUGCCUGGCUGGCAACACUCGCAGAUCAUAACGCGAGAAACAACGACCACGAUGAGGCUAUGUGUUGUCAUCUCCACAUCGCCGCACUCAUAGCGGAGUAUCUCAAACAACGAGGUACACAGAGCUGGGGCGCGGAUGUCUUCGCUGAUAUAUCUAUGAACAUACCACGAGACGAGACCGGACUUAAGAUAGACGAAGGCAUGACUGACGUCCAUUAUAACGAACAAUCAUUCUUAGAGCAACUGAUGGUUUGCACCGAAUACGUCGACAAGGCGGAGAGAUACGAACUUCUCGGUCCAUUGUAUCGUCUUAUAAUACCGAUCUACGAGCGCAAGAAGGAUUACCAAGCUCUUCUCGCCUGCUAUCAGCAUCUCACCAAAGCAUAUGCCAAAGUGAUAGAAGUUACAAACUCCGGGAAACGAUUAUUAGGAAGGUUCUACCGUGUUGCGUUCUUUGGUAAAGCUCACUUCGGUGAAGACGAAGAAGGCGUGGAGUUUAUUUACAAGGAACCGAAAUUGACAUCACUCAGCGAAAUCUCAGAGAAGCUGCAAAUGUAUUACGAACAGAAAUUCGGCGCCGGCUCUGUCAAGAUGAUUAUGGAUUCUGCUCCGGUGAACCGUGAUGAGCUGGACGGUAAGUUGGCCUACAUCCAGGUGACGUGGGUGCGCGCGGCGCCAGAGGGGCGGGCGGCGGCGAGCGCGAGCGGCGAGGGCGCGUUCGAGCGCGCGCACAACGUUCGCCGCUUCGUGUUCGAGACGCCGUUCACACGGGACGGUGCGCCGCGCGGCCCUGUACAUCACCAGCGGCUCAGGCUCACACAUCUCACUGCUGAAUAUUGGUUCCCGUACGUAAAGCGGCGGAUUCCCGUCAUCGAAACUCAGGUGGAGGAAAAGAGUCCCAUUGAAGUGGCGGUCGCCGAGAUGGAAUCGCAAGUCACAGAACUCUCGGAGAUUGUCAAUGCGAAGGCGACAGAUCUAAAGAAACUUCAACUAAGGCUACAAGGUAGCGUGUGUGUACAAGUGAACGCGGGCCCGCUGGCGUACGCCAACGCCUUCCUCGACCCCACACUCGCACAGAUGUACCCAGAUGAACUUGUUGACAAGUUAAAGUCCACAUUCAAAGAGUUCUUAACAGUGUGUCAUUCAGCGUUGCAACUGAACGCGAAGUUGAUCAGCUCCGACCAGGUGUCUUACCACGAGGCACUAGAGGCCAACUACUACAAGCUUAGCGAUGCGCUAGCUGGUGUGCUCGGCCAGCCGCUUCAAGAUAUACUGGUCAACGGCAGCCUCACGACCACCGUGACUGGCGUCGAACUGGACUCCAGUAAUGCUUGAACUCUCAUACCUGAUACUAAAACAUUAGGUAAAUAUUGACCGUGUUAAAUUAUUUUGCCGACUCAAGGUAAUUUAAACGCCCCCUCCCCCUCGCCUUGCAUCCAUUACACCAUCCCAUCCCUAAUUACACCUAAAAUUUUAUUCUGCGUAGCGAGCGUUUAAACGUAAAAUAGAUAUGGAAUAAUUUUUUAAUAAUUUUAGUUAAUAUUGCGACUAGCCUAUUUAGCAAAAACUACACAAUUAAAAUAGUCAAUUAAAAAGAUACGACCUUUUUACUAUGUCUGGUAUUAUUACUAAAUCGACCCGUGACAUAAUUAUUAUCAAUAGAGACAAAGUAGUGAACAAAAAUAUUAAGAAUACAACGCGACUAACAUAAUUUGAUACUUGCUUAGAAUGUGACUACCGUCCGUUUUGACAUUUUUUGACUGCGUCUGUUCUUUAUACACUACUGACUUAGUUUCAAUGUUUCAAUUGCGACUGCCUGUACCAUAAGAGUCUUGACUGAUUUUAGUAAAAACAGUUAUUUUAAGACAAACAUAAUGUUUCUACAAUGAAAACUGACGUUAAUAUUGUGAUUGUAUAAAUCGAUGUAUUGGAUUUUUAAAAUGAACUAUAAGUUUCUAGUAAAAUGACCGAAGAAGAUAAUUAAGGUUCAUUUAGACAUAAGCCAUAAUCGUAAGAACAACGUUCGGCAGUCGAUUCAGAACGAGACAAACGUAUGGGAAUAUAUGAGACCGCUAUACAGCUACUGACGUCAUCACCGGACAGUUCUAACUGUACGUACGAUUCCGGCUUAUGUCUAAAUGAACCUUUACAGUUUAUCUCUUAUUACUUUAUGACGUAAACUAUUUUGAACACUUUACAAGCACGAUGACGUCAUCGUACUAGUAAUUAACGCUAAUCCAAUCUAUUCUACUGUAGUAUGUAAGAUAUUUGUCCUAUUCGAGUAAUUAAGUUCCUUUAUAUUCUACCAUAGCCACAUCUUCACCAUUUCUAUUAGGAUGUAAACUAUCAUUAUCUUUAAACACUGAUCUCUAUAGAUACACGUUGGAUAGGUUACUUGAGUACGAACACUUUUGCAUUGUUCGUACAAAAAAUCGUUAUUUGGAUAAAACUGUCAGCUAAUUUCUAUUCGGUUCGAUUUUCAAAUACUGCUUGCGAUAGCUUCGACAUGGCGAAAUACAAAUAGGCACAAAAUAUGACGGCUUUAGCCUCGCUAGUAACAUAGAGGUCAGUGAUCUUAAACAUACGAGUAUGAUGUAUUCUGAACUUUUGUUAAUGUUUCUUUAAUAUCAUUUUGCACCAAAGUAGGGACCUGAUUAUUUCCUUAAUCAUCUUCGAUUGUUGC